AGUUCUCUUCUACCUGAAGCUGCUGGUUACUGGGAGGAUGUGCUUCGGGUGGCACGUACGGAAGCUCCCAUACGCCUUCGACGAAAAUGUACCUCAUCGUUCUACUACUAUCGCAAUGAGAAAAAGACGAUAGCAUGUGAUCGAGGCUGCCGAGCGGAGACGAAUUGCGGUGAGAGCACUAUACCACCGGAACAUUUGCUGGAAUGCUCGUACUGCUUGACGUCAGACGAUUGUUACACAUCUGGCGAACAAGGAGAAGGAGUGAAGGACGCCGAUUUUAUUUUAUACGUGACCGCUGUAUCCACGAAACGAUGUGACAGUGUCGACACACUCGCCUAUGCUGCUCAUUGUCAACAGGAAGCACUGCUUGAUAGGCCAGUCGCUGGAUACGUAAAUCUCUGUCCGUCUGCUUUGUCUACACAUCGUCACGAUCGGGAGAUUUUGUUCUCCACGGUGAAACACGAGAUCCUUCAUGCGCUCGGUUUCAGUGUCGGCCUCUAUGCAUUCUUUCGAGACGAAAGUGGAAAACCGCGGACAAAAAGAAAUCGUUACGGGAAACCGAUCUCAUUCAAUAAAGAGUACGGCUACUACGACUGGGACCGCAGCACUAUCACGACAGUGCUGCGAGAAGAUUGGUGGACGGGUGAGGGCCGGGUUAUUCAUCCGAUUCACAUGAUGGUGACACCACGGGUAGUUGAAGAAGCUCGUCGGCAUUUUGCUUGUGACAGUCUCGAAGGGGCGGAGCUCGAGAAUCAGGGCGGAGACGGUACGGCACUCACUCACUGGGAGAAACGGGUAUUCGAAAAUGAGGCUAUGACUGGAACGCAUACUCAGAAUCCAGUGUAUUCACGUAUGACACUGGCGCUUCUGGAAGACAGUGGCUGGUACAAGCCUAACUAUGAAAAAGCCGAAGAGCUUCAUUGGGGUCGAAAACUCGGUUGCGAAUUCGCAAAGAAGAGCUGCGGUGAAUGGAUCAACAGCAAAAUUGAGAAGGGUAAACUGCCCACGCCGUUCUGCAAUGAAAUCAAGCACGAUGGGCGGAAGUCGCUUGGCGUGGCCAGAUGCACAUCGCAGAGAGAUUCGCUGGCCAUUUGCAAUCUUGUACCGUACAAGCAGGAACUGCCUAUCCAAUUCCGGAAUUUCGCCAAAAUUGAAGGCGUUUCUUCGGAAGGUGUGAAGCAUUACGGAGGUACAGUGGAGCUCGCAGAUUACUGCCCUUACAGUCAGGAGUUUCAAUGGAAGCUACCUAACUCGACGUUGCGGCAAGAUUCUCGUUGUGAACUCGAGGGUAACAAUCGCGGCGGCGAAGACAUCCUUGAGGUGUACGGUACGUCAUCACGUUGCUUCGACUUUGAGCAACCGUGGCGCGAGCGAAAAUGCGGUCGAGUGCGAUCGUUGCUGCACUACAUGGCCGGCUGUUAUGAGCAUUCCUGUCAAAAUGGAACGCUUUAUGUGGCUGUUCACGACUCUAAUUUCUAUCCAUGUUACUAUGCCGGUCAACAUAUCCACAUCAAACGGAUCACUGAUGGUUGGCUACGCGAAGGUGUCAUCGUUUGCCCUGCAUGCGACGAGUUCUGCUCACAGUGCAAGGAACAUGAGAAAACAGACGAGUACAUAGGCGACCCCGAUGUGGAUGUGCCAUGUAGCAGCUGCCAGAUACUAAUAUGGUUCUCAAUCGGUUUCUCCCUGUACAGAGCCAUGCUUGAGUUCACCUGA